UGUAAACAAACCCAUGACGUCAUCAUCGUGCGCUCCAUGUCACCAGACCGGAUGCAUAUUUUUAACAUUUAGUGAUAAUAAUACCGUAUUUGUGUAAACUGCGUUGAAUUUAUCAGUGUUAUCGGCAUCAGCUUUUUGAUUGAUCGUCUCACAACCUUUGUUGUGAGUAAGAUUAAGUGGGUUAGUGUGUUGACUACAUAGAUUCAGUGCACCAUGGGUGCUGAACAGAGUGGAGAUGCUGAACACAAGCAUUCAGACUUAAACACUUCAGUUGUACCCUCUCCAGCAAAGCAACGGGCCAAAAUGGACGAUAUUGUAGUUGUAACCCAAGGAACUCAGUCAUUGCGGAACAUCCAUAAUGAUCCAGACGUCAUAAAGCUACAAGAAAUUCCCACCUUUCAGCCUCUUCUCAAAGGUGUACUCAGUGGGCAAACCACUCCCAGUACUGUCUGUUUAGAAAAGCUGGAUUCAGCACAGGUACUGCAGUUGUGUGUGCGAUAUCAAGAUCAUUUACAUCAGUGUGCAGAGGCUGUCGCAUUUGACCAGAACGCUCUGGUCAAGAGGAUCAAAGAGAUGGACCUGUCAGUGGAGGCGCUUUUCAGCAUCAUGCAGGAGAGACAAAAACGUUACGCCAAGUACGCCGAGCAGAUCCAAAAGGUCAAUGAGAUGUCCAUGAUUCUGAGGCGCAUACAGAUGGGCAUCGACCAGACGAUACCCCUGAUGGAGCGUCUCAACAACAUGCUACCUGACAGUGAACGUCUAGAGCCCUUUAGUAUGAAGCCUGACGGAGACAUUAAAUAGGUUGCAACACACCGUGGGAUUGUACUGAAUGACUGGUGCUUUGUAGAGACCUACAGUACUAAGGUCUGGAUGAUACAUGUGGAGCUUUGUUUUGCACUCUGAGAGACUUGCCUAGUUGUUUUCUGUCCAAGUUACGUGGGACAUAUUGUAAAAUUAUAAAAAUACCAAGCAUGUGUACAUAUAUCUACUUGCUAUGCUUAAAUAAGUGAUUUUAAAGGCAUACUAACAUAUAGUUCUGCCUUUGUAAUUUAAACUUUUAUUGAAGGAGAAGUCGUCAUUAAUGCAUAUGAUGCUCUUUGUUGGCUGAAAUACUAAAAUUACUGGCAUUAAAUAGAUUUUUAGUCUU